AUGGAAGGUUUGCGUGGCCUCUUGCCCUUAUCAAAUGGCUAUUUAAGGCGGCGAGGAGACAGCUUACCAUUGAUUUUGGUCGAGGCUGUUCUUCAUCGACACACGUUACAAACACCAAAUUCCCAUCAUAUAUACAUAAAACAGAGGCUUCAAAUCGAGCCAUAGACAACUCUUCAGAGUAUGUGACACUCUUGAG